UGCCUUCACCAACGAAAAUUGUAGUAACAUCUGAAAAUUUCAGAACUCUUUUGCUUUGGGAAUACCCACAUGUGUCUGAAACUCCUCGUUUUACUGUGGAAAUCAAGCCUUACAAUUUAGGUAAAUAUAAGACCAUCUCAACUUGUGUGAACACUUCAGCUCUUUUCUGUGAUCUCUCAGGGGAAAUAUGUGAUCCCUAUUCACCUCACUGGUUUCGAGUUAAAGCUGUUGCUGGGUCACAAGAGUCUGAAUAUGCUGAGUCAAAUGAGUUUGUUUGGCACAGUCACGGAAAAAUACUGCCACCAAAACUGAGUCUCUCAAGGCAUGGUGAUGAAAUCAUCAUUAAUAUUUACAAUCCUUUAUUCCCUCAUUCUUGUGUUGAAGACAUUUAUUCAAGGCUCACGUACAAUGUGACUUUACGGUACAAAAAAAAUGAGAAUGAAGAGAUCUAUAAAAACACCUGUACACCAUAUGAAUGUAGCUUUGACAUCCCAGUUCCUGAUAAUCCUUCCACGUACUGUGUUUCAGCACAGGGAAUUUUUGACGAACUAAAGGCUAGCAACCUAUCAGAAGAAAGCUGCAUUCAUGUUCCUUCCAAGCAGACAUUGAGUACACAGCAUGUCAUCAUUCUGUCUGUUGUUGCUGCGAGCCUGAGCGUAUUGGUAAUGUUGUAUUGGGGCUGCAAGAAACUAUGGAAAAAGGACAUACAGCUGCCUAAGUCUUUGGUCAGUGUGAUGAGAAACCUGAACACAGACACCUUACUCGGACCAAAAUCGGAGGGAAAGUAUCUGUCUGUAAUAACCUUCGCAUCAAGCCAGUCAUCACUGCCAGCAAAUAGUGAAGUAACCUUGCUGGACGUAGAGCCAGAAGAAACUGUUAGUCCUGAGAAUGCCAUUGCAGGAGAAUCUUCUGUUCCUGCCCCAGAGGCACCAGCCAAAGCAGAAGAGGUGUCCGUGCAGGAAAACACAGAGGAGGUAUCUUAUGGUGCUGAUGAACCAAAUUCCAAAGUAAAAGAGAAUUAUUUCAUGUCUGACGGCAACCAAAUGGAUAUAUGCAAUAACUCUUCAGGUACAAAGGUUUCUGCCACAGAAAUACAGCAAACGGUCAUUGCAAGCAGCUGUGCCAAGUUUUCUGGCUAUGACAGGCCCCAUGUGUUGGUAGAUGUUGGUGAAGAACAGCGUGUAAUUGGUUACAGGCCAACCAACCAGGAUAAUGGAAGCAUUUAA